AUGGGAGACUGGUGGACGACAGCAACCAUAGAGCCAUCAAUAGGUAAUUUAAUUCAAAUGGGGACCCGGGGACAAAAUAGACAAUUUUUUGUUUUUAAAUGGAUUUAUGUUAGAUGGUGUGGGAUCUAGCCCUAUUUUUGUGCACUUUUUAAUUUUUUUGCCUCAUAGCUGCCUGUCAACUUGUGAUUGAUCAAUUGGUUGUUAUCUCUAUUUCCCUGCUGUGUUUAGAAAACCAUGAGAUCUCCAGCAUAUCAAGAAUGACGCUGUCCCCCUCGAGGCAUCAUAACAACCUUCCUACAAUGCACAAUGUGUUAAGUGCCUUCUGCACUGAGGAGAAUGUUCCCCAGUGUACCUCAUACAUCAAUCAGGUACUGAAAUUAAUAUUACUUAGGCUACAUUUGGAAAAAUCCAUACUCUUUCAAUACUCUGAGUGGCUUUGUGUAAUGUGCUACUUGUUUAUGUACUUGAUGCUUAUUUUACUGCUUGAUUUGUGGUUUUGUGUAUCUGAAGUUGCUCAAUGAUUAUUCAUUGAUCUAGUUUAAUUUUCACUGUAUGCUGCUAACCCAUUUGUCUGCCCUCUUUUGGGGCUUGUACAGGAGAUGGAGUCUCUGGGGUUCUCCUCUGCCUGUAUUGAGUCCAGUUCACCAGAGGGAAGCGGGGGGCUGAACACGGUGCCAGCCCUGAACGUCAUGUAUGAGCUGCUCCAGAUGCACCACCGAAGCCAGCGCAGCCUGCAGGAGCAGGAGACCGAGCAGCUGAAGUGCUCCAGCGCCCUGGAACACCUGCAGAUUACCAACUCCAGACUCAAGGUCAGUGAGGCAGUCUUCCCCAUAGAUCGUUUUCCAGGCAGGGUGCAAAAUGUCAGUAAAUACUAGCUUGGGGAGCUAAGUUGAGGUUUGAGGGUGUCCUGAAAGGUGCUUACUGCUUAGAAUACAACAUGCUAUUGUUAUGACCUUGUCGUCAAGGUGAGCACAUAUUGCGUAUGCAAAAUUGUGUUGAUGUAACAUGUACAGAAAGUAUGUAAUUGUCCAAAGGAUCAGCUGGAGCUCUACAAAAGAGAGAAGUCAAUACUGCACGAGGCAGAAAGGCAGCUGCAACUCAAAAACAAGACUCUGCAGAACUGCCUGAAAACAGAAAAAGAUGAGGUAAAAUUGUUAAUCAUUGAGUGAUGUGCUUACGUAGCUGCAAGCAUCCAUGGGAAAUGUAGUUUUGAGUGUGUGAGUCUUAACCAGCAUCUUGCUCAGUAGUGCACACCAUAGCAAAACAUUUUGUAAGCGAAAACAAAACUCUUGUGUUCUUAUUGGAUAGAUUCAGGUAGUACAUCCCAGUUUCAAAACGUUUUCUCCCUACUGAACACACCCCAGGUGCAGAAGCUCCAGAGCAUCAUCGCCAGCAGAGCCUCUCAGUACAGCCAUGACGCCAAGAGGAAGGAGAGGGAGAGCGCCAAGCUCAAAGAACGCCUCAACCAGCUACUGGUGGACAAGAGGGAUAAGAAACUAGGUAGGGGUGCUGGAGCAUGAUCUCAAGACAAUUGUUUCCUCCUCCUUAUUCCAAAGGUUGUUGGAAAUGUGAAUAUGUUUGCAACCAAGUGUCCUCUUUUAUUAUUUUUUACUGAGAAGACUGAAAAUGAUGUAGGCCUAUAUAGCAAGUCCCUCAUUCCCAUUUUCCCUCCCUUUAUCUCUACUAGCGAUUGAUGUAUUGAACUACUUGGGACGGGCUGAUGGGAAGAGAAGCCAAUGGAAGACUGGAAAGGUGGAGGCCAGGUAGCAAUACUCAUCUAACUGAACCAUGUCUGUUUUGGGUGCUUUCAUCAACUCUUGAUGCAACAAAUCCUACAUAGCUUUGGAGAUCCCACUUUGACGAGUAUGUGUUUAUUUGCCAUGAUUGUAGACAUGAGGGGGAGAUGUACAAGUCCCUGCUGAGUGACUACGAGGGUCGUCAGAGGGCCCUGAUGCUGGAGAACGCUGAGCUAAAGAAGGUGCUGCAGCAGAUGAAGAGGGAGAUGGUGUCCAUUCUGAGUCCUAGUCCUAGGAAAUCCUGCUCCAGCUCCAGAGGAGACCGUAUGGAAGACAGCCUGGAACGGGUAAAUUGAUGGAUUGUCCUAUCUGAGACACCGUAGCAAUAGUCUACAUAGUUAUUUUUACGUGGUAAUAGAUGGAUUAGAUAAAUGUAUUUUAAAAAAUACUCAGGAAUCAUGUCUAUGCAGAGCCAUUCACAAAAUCUCAAAGCGUUUUACAUAGUAUGGAAUUGACAUUUCGCUAUAAACAUAGUGGAGAGUAGAGGAGUGAUCAUGCCUAUCGUUGUGCUUUCAGGCCAGCCCAGACAGGGAGGAGGAGGUUGGUGACUGCAGUAGGGAGACCCUGGAUCAGUCAUGUGAUCAUGCUAGGGACCAGUCCUGUGAGCACGCCCGGGAGAAGCUGACCAAUAGCAUCCGACAGCAGUGGAGGAGACUAAAGAGCCACAUGGAGAGACUGGACAGCCAGGGUACCAACACAUAUCAUGCAUAUUAUCAUGGAAGUAGACAAUCUGUAACUCCCCUAGUAGUCAUCACUGGCUUUCUCUGGUCAUCAACUGGUGUUACAUGAAGGCAAAUGAAAUAAUCCAUUUAUGGCUGACUGCCAUAAAAUCACUACCAGUACAACUGCAUUUUAAACUACUCUGCUACCAAGACAUUCUAUAUGUCACAGGGAGCUUUCUUCUCCACCAUUGAUCAUAAUGUGUUGUAUCAUCCACCUCCCAGCCUCCCUGGUGCAGCAGAGCCAGCAGUGUGCUGGUAAAGAGCUGGUCCCCAGACAGAUCCAAGAGGAGGAGAUGGAGAGGAUGAGACUGGAGGUCCAGCAGUGUAAAGACUUUAUCCAGACCCAACAGCAACUCCUACAGGUUAGUUAGACCCACAACGCAACACAAGACUCUCUUUUCAAACCGAGCUACAAAUAUCUGCCUUCAUGUACAUAUCUACCUCAAAUACAUCUUACCUCUGCACAUUGAUCUGGUACUGGUACUCCCUGUAUGUAGCUCCAUUCUUGUGUAUUUUAUUUUAUUCCUUUUGUGUUACUAUUUUAUUUUUAUUAUGGUAAAGUAUACACCAGUUGUAUUUGGCGCAUGUGACAUAAGAUUUGAUUUGAUCUACAGUACAUCUGUUGUUAUUGCCUUGAAUUUGACCCUUACAGGAGUUACUCAGUCAAGUGUUAUAUCCGUUUCCCUUUCCUUCUGUGCGUAGCAGCAGCUCAACUCUCCCUGCUAUGAUGACGAGACUGCCGCUCUGCUGAAUGACUGCUACACUCUGGAGGAGAAGGAGCGUCUUAAAGAGGAGUGGAGGCUCUUUGACGAGCAGAGGAGGAACUUUGAGAGGGAGAGAAAUAACUUUACUGACGCUGCCAUUCGCCUCGGUCAUGAGGUAUCCAUUUUGUUUUUGGCAAGUUCUCGAGUUGGAACUGUUAUAUUUUGUUAAGUUGUCACUUAACUGCGUCUUACCCCUUUUUUCCUUUGUGUUUUGACAGAAAAGGGCUUUUGAGGAAGACCGUGCCUCGUGGCUCAAGAAUCAGUUCUUGAACAUGACUCCGUUCGUGGACCGUAAAAGACAUUCCACGUCAGAAACUCCUCGUGCCUUAUCAAUCAGUAAGUCAUGAUGAUUGCCACAGCAACAAUUCGUAUUGCUAAUCCAGAUCGGGAUUAAUGGAAAAUGAAUAUUGCUGAUUCUGUUUGGAAAUUUGUGUAGAAAAUAUUGCAUUGGAAGAUGGGCAGCAGACUGUUUAAUACGGCAUCGCCACAAAAAAACCACACGAAUGAUCUUUUGUGAAUCAUAUGGUGUUUUGAGUGGUUGGUCACAGUCCCUGUUCCCCUCUAGGUAGUGAACCAGAGAUGAGUAUCCCCUCCACCCCUGCCAUGCUGACCAAAUCCCGGACACACACUGCGUUCUCGACUCCUAAAUCUGCAUCUGACGCUGGCAUGCCCUCCACAGCUGAUCUCUACCGCACAUUAUGCCUCAUACCAGACAGGAGGUACAGUUUACUAGUUACUUCGCUCUAUACCAGCUUACUGUAGUAGUCAUCAGUCGGGGUGAUAUUUGGUAGUCAUUAUGGUUUUGUGAGAUAAAUCCCUUUUUUAAUUUUGAUUCCUACAUUAGAUAAUAGUCUCAAAUCCAAUCAAAUCGGUAUCAUUGAUCCUCACUAACUUAAGUUCUCUCAAACAAACUGUGGUUAACGCUUGUUUGUUCUCUAUCAAUCCCUAAGCUCCUCUUCCGUAGGCAGUUCAAAAUGAGGGAGCUGGCAGGAGUCCAACACCAUCCACAGUAGAGAAGACACUCCGGUCAGGUCAAAGCACAGACAGGGAGGUGGAGACUGUUGCAGUAUCUUCUCGUUAGGGUCAGAGGAAAACAGCCUCACCUGA